CAAUGUAUAUAGACGCGUUCAAACGGAUCCUCUUUGAAAGGCUCAACUGCUUGAAGAGAAUGUGUGUGUGUCAGCGCCAGGGCAGCUCCUUCGCCAUGUCUAAGACGGCGGGGAAGAAGCUGCACUGGCGCUCCAAGGUGCUGGACAGCUUCGUGCCCCUGCUGGGGUCCUCGGGGGAGCUGGGGGUCUCCAUCGGGGGAGGGGCAGACUACGGAGAGUUCCCGUUCGUCACCUUGGCGCCCGGUGGAGGACUCACGGUGGGAGACGUCAUCCUGGAGAUCGGGGGCACGCCGGUGUUGGGGAUGACUUUAGGAGACGUCCGUGGGGUCCUAAACUCCUGCCCUCAUCCAAUCAGGAUCAAGACCACCGCUCCAGGCUCCUCACUGUGCAAGGAUCUCAGGUUGUAUCUGAGCAAGUGUUUCACUCCCGGCUCGGUGGACAGCCAGCUCCAGCAGGUCAUCAGAGAGAACCUGUACCUGCGAGCGGUUCCCUGCACCACCAGACAGCUCAGAGACGGGGAGAUCUCCGGCGUAGAUUACAACUUCGUGUCCAUCCAGGAGUUCUUCUCUCUGGAGGAGUCGGGAGCGCUGCUGGAGAGCGGGAAGUUCAAAGGGAAUUACUACGGCACCCCCCGCCCCGUGCACAUCAGCGCAGAGAGCCCCCCCAUCACCUACCAAGAGCACCGAAACCUGCUCAGGAACUUCAGAACGAGGAGCAAGUCCCUCAGCAACCUUGAGAAAAGUGCAGAGGACGCGGAGAACAGUGAGGACGACUCGGGACUCUCAGGAGGCUCUGCAGGGCUCAGCAGCAGCGUCCCCCCCCCACACCGCCCCGCCGGCCGGCCCCGGGCCUCCAGCAGCGGGGGGGAGAGUCGAGGGUUUGAGAGCGGGAUGAUCGGCCGGCGGCUCAGAGGAGUGACCCCCGACCUCUGGGAGCAGGCCUUCAGCGACCCCGGGGACUCCUACUACUCAGAUCGUCACACAAAGAGGACCAACUGGCAGAGCCCUCGAGCCCCGAGCAGGGAGAGCGUCUACCAGAACGAAUGGUUCACGGACCAGCCCCUGGAGCUGCGAGGCUUCCCGGUUCACGCUCUGCUCACUAAAGGUUCCAGAGGGUUUGGGUUCAACAUCGUGGGAGGCAGCCGGCCCAGAGAGUUCCUGCAGAUCUACAGCGUGACGUCCAGCGGACCCUCGGUGCUCCAGACAGCGGACAUCCUGGUGUUCAUCAGCGGAGUGUGUGUGUUGGGGUUUUCCCACAAAGAGGCGGUGGAGCUGCUGCAGGCGGUGCCCUCGGGCCACAGUGUGGACGUGGAGGUUACCCGGGGUUACCCCAUGCUCUACACCCCCGACGGCUGCCCCAAGCUGCCCCCACCCAGGCUCCUGGACCCCCCACCCACCACCACCCAGCCUAAGCCCCGCCUCCCGACCCCCACCCCCACUCACCAUCAACUGCACUUCAACUACAGCUACACGGAGCCGGGGGGGGUCGAUCUGGACGCCAACGGGAACACCAUGUCCUUCUCCUCCAGAGCCCCCCCCUCGUACAGGCGCUCCAGCAUGAGCAACGCCGCCUCGCCCCCCUCCACCCGGCCCCCCCGCCACCUGAGGAGCCUGACCCGCCUGCAGGCCUUCGACCCGACGCUCGCCAGCCAGAGCGACAGCGAGGUGGUGUCGGCCAUCGGGUCACACAGGUCUUCGAUGAUCCGUAACCACAACAACAACUCUCUCUCCGCUCCCCAGCCCCCGCCCCGCUACGGCUUCAAGUCUUCAGAGAGCGACCUGUCCUCCGGCAACAUGUCCACCUCCCGCCUGCCGCUGCCCCUCUCCCCCCACAGAGCCUCCUCCUCCCCCCACAGAGCCUCCUCCUCCCCCCACAGAGCCUCCUCCUCCCCCCACAGAGCCUCCUCCUCCCUCCACAGCACGUCCCCCCACCUCUUCAGACCGCAGAGCUCCCACCUGAGACCCCCAGUGACCCCCGAGCACCAGAACUACAAGCAGAACCAGCAGAACCACCACCAGAACCACCGGGGAGCCAAUGGCUUCAGCCCUCUCUCCUCUCCCGGGGGGGUGAGUGUGGGCAGUCUGAGCGGGGGGGAGCUGGUCCCGGUGGCACUCUCUCAGACGGAGGGGGAUCAGGGUCUGGGCUUCAGUGUGACGGCGGGGGGGCCGGGGGGCCGCAUGAGCCUCGUGAGGAGGGUCUGGGACAGGAAGCAGUGCGGCGCCCUGCAGCCGGGGGACGCCAUCGUGAAGAUCAAUGGGGCGGACGUCCAGAGCCUCAGCUUCUCACAGGUGCAAACUAUCCUGCAGGAGCACACCAAGCAGGCGGAGGUCAUCCUGCUGGUUUACAGAGGAGGCAUCUAUCACUCGUCCGUCUCCCCCGGCUCCCUGCGGAGACUCCCCCCUCCUCUACUCCGCCCCCCUCCCCCCCCUGUCAGCUCAGACUCCUCCCACUUCCUCCCUGACUCCCUCCCUGUUCCCCGGACCUCCCACGCGCCCCCCCCCUCCCCGGCGCCCCACCUGCACUCCUCCUGCCUGGUCCAGAGCACCAGCUUCCUGGAGUCCAUCCCGGUGACGCUGACCAUGGAGCCGCGGGACUGGAUCAACACGGGGCUGGAGGACGAGGCGGGGGCCGUCCCAACGCAGGACUUGGGUCUGGAGAGGGGGGGGAAGACCAGGCCCCUCCGAGGGUUUGACGUGGAGCUGAGGAGGAAACCGGGCGAGGGAUUCGGGUUCGUCAUCGCAUCGCAGGACGUGGAGAACGGAAAAGCCGCCUCGCUCCUCCCUCACCGGUUUGUGACGGUGCGUCGCGGCAGCCCGGCGGCGAAGAGCGGUCAGAUCCGCCCGGGGGACCAUCUGGAGGCGCUGGAGGGCCGCUCCGUCGUCACGCUGCCCCACCGGGAGCUCGCUCAGAUCCUCCGGAGGGCCGGGAACAGUCUGAGGCUCACCAUCGUGCCCCGACCCAGCACCUAUUCUUCAAGCGUUUCAGAAACCACCGAGUAUGACCCCGCGCACAGGAGCAAAAAGGGUCAAAGGUCGCGUCCAAAGCGUGACUCCAGGUAUUACAGCGUGGAUUUGGACCGCGGCUCCUCAGGCUUCGGCUUCUCCCUGCGGGGGGGCAGUGAGUACAACAUGGGGCUGUACGUCCUGGGGCUGAUGGAGGGGGGGCCGGCCUCCAGGAGCACGAGGAUGCAGGUGAGCGAUCAGCUGGUGGAGAUUAAUGGAGACAGCACCUUAGGGAUGACCCACAGUCAGGCUGUGGAGCAGAUCAGGAGAGGAGGACAUCGCAUCCACCUGAUCCUGAAGAGAGGCAACGGAUACGUGCCCGACUACGGCCGUGAGCACGGGAUCUCCCCCCCCUCCCCCCUGCGUCACCCCCAGCAGCAGGGUGUGGCUGCAGUGAACUCCAGCAGGAGGAAGAGGGCCAGCUCCAGGCACAAGAAGAAGCCCAGGAGCAAGUCUACGAGCGCUUUGGAGAAGGAGAAAGCACGGAAAAGCAGCAGCAGGAGGAGGAGGAGGACACACAACUCAGAGGGAGAAUUACAGAGCCCUGAAUCUGAGCCGGGGGAGGACAGGAGGAGGACGAAUAAAGAGUCUCAAAGUGUAACAAGAGAUGACCUCAGGAACCGUGAUGAUAGUGAUGAGCGGAGGGAGAGGAAGAGGGAGAGAGGAAGGAGUAAAAGCAGACGGAGGAAAAGUACAAGUGAGGAGAAGGUAGAGGGUGAGGAGCAAGAGGAGGAAGGGAAGGUGGAGGAGAAGGUGAGUUCAGAGGAGGAAGAUGAUGUCUUCUUACCGAUUCCAAGUCUGGACCGAAAGCUCCCCACACCCAAAUACACCUGGGAGGAGAAGGGGGAGGCGAGCAGGUCUGCAGAGUACAGAGGACUGAAGAGGGAGGAAGAGGAGGAAGAGGAGGAGGAUGCAGAGCGUGACGCCAUGCCGGAGAUGGAUCCCGUGUUUCAGAGGAAUGUGUUCUCCUUCCUCUCCUCCUCGCUGACCCUGGAUCAGCAGCAGGAGGAGGACGAGGAGGAGGAGGAGUCUGAGUCUGGAGGGAGUUUAUCGGACGCGGCGAGCAUCUCGGGCCUCUCUCUGGCCGCGGCGCAGCCCGGACCCUGGCUCGUCCCCAGAGGGAAGAGGAGGGGAGGCCAGAGGAGCUCCUUCUUUAACUUUUUUAACAGGAAAAAGAGCGUGGAGCAGCAGCAGCUGGACGAACCCUCCGGAUGAGAGCAUUUACUCUUUCUGAUAAUCUACAGUCUGAUAUUCUUUGUGCCUUUUUACAGCUGACCUCUGACUGAUUUCACAACCUGUAAAUAACAACAACAUAGAGUAGAGAGUCCUGAAACAGUCAGCCUUUUCUCCCGUUCCCUCGCUAUGGUUUGUGUUUUGGUUGUUAGCCGGCCUGUGGUUAGCACAAGCUGAAGAGAUGUUAACGCGUUGUUUUACGACAUACAAUAAGUCAGUAAAUGUGUCUAAAUGAGACGACUAAACGUCACCACGGCGACUCUAUUGAAGCGAGUAAACUUACAAUACAGAAGUUGCUUCAUUAGGCCUCGCAUUCAAAGAGUUUUGGUGCUGUUAUUUCAUGAUGUUUAAUACGUGAAAUGUUAAAAGCAAGGACGGUAACCUAGACAAUAUUGACGCCUAGCUAGGGCUGCUCAAUUAAUCAUAUUCUAAUCUCGAUUACGAUUAUGGCUUGCAACGAUUACGAAAACAACGUAAUCGAAAUAAAACGAUUUUUAA